AUGCAGACUGCUUCUAAAAACAUUUGUAAAAGACUGUGCAAUAAGUCAAUCCAUGAAAUGUCCUUGCUACUAAAUAUUCCACAGUAAACUGUUAGUGGUAUUAUAACAAAGUGGAAGCGUGACUGGGAACAACAGCAACUCCGCCAUGAAGUGGUAGGCCACAUAAAACGACACAGCGGGAUCAGUGCAUGCUGAAGCGCACAGUGUGCAGAAGUCACCAAAUGUCUGCAGAGUCAAUAGCUAAAGACCUCCAAACUUCAUGUGGCCUUCAGUUUAGCACAACAGUGCAUAGAGAGCUUCAUGGAAUGGGUUUCCAUGAUCGAGCUGCUGCAUCCAUGCAGUAGUGUAAAGCACACUGCCACUGGACUCUAGAGCAAUGGAU